UGUCUUGGUUUUUUUCUGUGUUGUGAUUUUCAUGUUUUAUUUUGAAAAGUAACUCUCCUCUCGUUUCAGGUCACUUGCCCUUCCUUUUGUGUCAUCAGUCUGACGUCAUCCCUGUUCCCUGAUUGUUUCCACCUGUUCCCUAUUACUCUCAUGUGUCUUAUAAGCCCACUCCUUCCUUUGUUCUGUGCCAGAUUGUUUCGUUCAUUCGUACUUUCCAGCGUCUACGUCCAUGUCCAUGCCUUGCCUUGUAUCCAGUCUAUGUUCCAUGUUCUUGAAUCCCUUCGUGGCUAUUUUGAGUUUUCCUUUUUCCUCCUCAGCAGAGUGACUUUUUGUUAUUGACUUUAUUCAGCCGAAGUGGUAAGUUAUUAGUUAAAUUCCUCGAUUUUUGAGUGACUGUUUUUGUUAAACUUUAUUAAAUAAGAUAGUGUAGAAUUUUUCAUAGCUGUUGUUUAUUCCUCCCGUUGGAGCGUUUUUUGUUUAUACAUUUUAUAGCAUUUACUGCGCCAAUUAUUAGUUCGUCUUUGGUUUUGUGUUUUCCUCCGUUCGGAGUGAUUUUCAGUUGUUCCUAUUUUUUGGAACCUUUUUUUAUCGCGUAGUUUUUUGGUUAAUUAUAGUAUUGUAUUCCUUGACUUUGGAGGUGAAAGGAAGCUGCAAAAAUAAAAGCCUGUCAAGUUCCCUACUCUGCAUCUGAGUCCAAUCCUUUUACCAAGUCUUGACAGUGGGAGGAUACAACAGCUCACCGGCUGAUAAAUAAAAGGGGCGAGGCCCAUUGUUGGGCUGCGAGCUUCCCCGAGAGGGCCGCCAAAAAAAGUCUGUUUCCCGGCUGAGGGCCGUUGCAUGGACGCCAGAGCUCAUAAAGGCCACCACUUGAAUAGCCCUAAGAUGGAAAAGAGUGGACCUAAAACGGAACCUUGAGGAACUAUACUAUUAUAACUAAAGAAGUUGAACAAAUGACUGACUGCAUCUGAGGUGGACCUCCAUGAUAGCAGCCUAAUCCUGCUUGUCGCCGGGACCGUACAUCUUGCGGAGGCUGGCGUCCAGCAGGUAGUCCACUGACCUGCCAGGUGCACAGAAGAGCAUCAGCAGCCACAUAGACCGUGGCCACCGCGUAGCUGCCCCACACCACGCUGGAUGGCACCAGCGCACGGAAGGCCUCCCCCACUUCGUUGGCGUAACCUGAGGAGAAGAGCCACUGUUUUGCCGACGACGACGACGACCACGAAAUGGAGGAAUUCCUGAAACGGGAGUAUUCCCUCACCAAGCCCUACCAAGGUGUGGGGUCUUUAGGCUCCUCCCACUGGGAGCUCAUGGGCGAUGCUAUGAUAACUACUGAACAGGUGCGACUCACACCUGACAUGCAGAGCCGGCAGGGGGCAGUAUGGAGCCGACUUCCGUGCCAUUUGAACGACUGGGAGAUGCAGGUGCAUUUUAAGAUUCAUGGAAAAGGAAAGAAGAACCUUAAUGGAGACGGGCUAGCCAUUUGGUACACAAAGGAGCGCAUGCAGAAAGGUCCUGUGUUUGGAAAUAAGGACAACUUUACAGGAUUGGGUGUUUUUGUGGACACGUAUCCCAAUGAGGAGAAACAACUAGAGGCACAAAAGAAGAGAUACACUCCUCGCACACAGAGGAUCUUUCCUUUUGUUCUCGCCAUGGUGGGCAACGGCACCAUCAGCUACGACCACGAGCGAGACGGCCGGCCUACAGAGCUGGGGGGCUGCAACGCCAUGGUGCGCAACCUGAAGCAUGACGCCUUCCUAUUCAUCCGCUAUGUCCGCCGCAGACUGACUGUGAUGAUUGACAUAGAUGGACAACAUGAGUGGAGGGACUGCUUGGACAUACCUGGCGUGCGGCUACCAAAAGGCUUUUAUUUUGGCGCUUCCGCAAUCACAGGAGACCUCUCAGACAACCAUGACAUCGUCUCGCUGAAACUCUACCAACUGACGGUGCUGCGAAGUAAACAGGAAGAGGAAGAGACUGAAGAGGAGAUAACCAUACCCAGUGUGGAUAACAUGGAUCUCCUCAGAUUGGGUCAGACUGAAGAAGGUAUGAGCGGAUUGGCCAUUUUCUUCACCGUCCUCUUCUCCUUGCUGGGUUGCAUCUUCCUCGUCGUCAUCGGCAUCUUAGUCUACAGUCACUGGAACGAGAGCCGGCGCAAACGAUUCUACUGAGGAGGCGAGUGGGUAAAGGAAAAUAUGCGAGGGUUGGGAACGCUGCGGUCUAUAGACCUUCGCUGCACUGAGACCAAUCGAAUAAUGUGGCUGACGGGGGUGACCUUCACCUUGCUCUGGGUAGACACAGACCAUGACUUCUGAGCAGCUACAAUCCUAAAUAUGACUUUUGACUCUUUGUUUCCUGUUUUUUCACAAUCUGCUGUAUUAGGUAGACUAUUUAUUAUAGCAUUUCUAAACAGCCACAACAUUAGGUCCACCUGCAAAAUCUGACGUUGUAAAAAUACAGAAGAGGCUUUGAGAGGCAGCGUGAAAAAAGUUCUUAUACCGUGUUAAAAAUACCAACGUUACUAAUGCCUUUAUUGUUUUCCAGUAACGGGUAAUUUAAUUACCUUUCAUCAGUGCAAUUUAACACGUUAUUAGUGACACAGGCUAAAGCUCUUUUCUACCGUCAUUCUGACUUUAACAGGACAACAGCAGUGCUGAGUUGCAACACCCUAUACAAUCGUCCCUCGUUUACCGCAGUUAAUUGGUACCAGAAUAAACACAUUUUUGCAAAGUAGGAUUAUUAUUAUGGAUCGAAUAUUUUCAAAGAGAAUAAAAAAAACCAACUGUUUACAACCUUUUAAAUAUGUUUUUUUUUUAACAUUGUUAGAACCCUCUAUACAUCAAAUACCAUCCACUCAGUCACCUUUACACUCAUUUCACCCAAUAUAGUAGCCUUGAGUGUGUUCUACUGUAGAUUACAAUACUCACCGGUAGCACGCAGGACCCUCUAAAUGUCAUUGCUUUUGUCGUCACCCGGCCACUACAACACGGCCACAACAUGGAAAUACUUUGUCACAUCCAGGGUAAUUCCUCUAAGUUAGAACUCGGCUUCCAUGUGCUAAACCAUUUCCCUUGUAGAUCAAUAAAGUUUGUCUAAGUCUAAGUGUAAAACCAGGGGCAUAAGUUGUUUUGCAAAAACUUGGUCAACAGUCCAAGCUACGCUUUUUUGUUACUUGUUAGCAGGGAUGUAACGGUUUAAAAUAUCUCGGUACGAUAUUAUCACAGUAAUAACGCCACGGUACGAUAUUAUUGCGGUAUAUAUCCAAAAAAAAAAGUUUUAUAGUGUGUAAAAUAAAGUGGCAGGAAUGUUUCGGAUAAACACACUUACUGUAAUUGAAGACAAACAUAAUGCUAAAAUGUUCUAAUCAUAUUUUUUUACUACAAACAAGUAUUUCUAGGUGCAAAUAAUUGUGCAGGAAUAUUAAAUAUUAAAAAUAAUAACUUACAGUUGAUUUUAAAGUAACAAAGUCAACAUCCAGUGUAAAACAAUAAUGUUCAGUUUAGUGCCUUUCAACUUUUACAUUAUGGGAAGCAGUGUCCUCUACAUUGGUAAUUUUGUGUAUCAGUAUGGAAAAUGUUGUUUCUCAGAAAAGUAAACUAACAAUAUAAAAACUUUUGAUAAUGUAAAUACUUCACAAACUGAUGUUUGGCUUCGCUGGCUUCAAACAUAUUUUCUGGGUGACAGUUUGAGGUGGCAACUUGUCCAGGCCUGCCUUCCACCCGAGUUAUAGUUAAAAGUUAAAGUACCAAUGAUUGUCACACACACACUAGGUGUGGCGAAAUUAUUCUCUGCAUUUGACCCAUCACCCUUGAUCACCCCCUGGGAGGUGAGGGGAGCAGUGGGCAGCAGCGGUGGCCGCGCCCGGGAAUCAUUUUUGGAUUCAACCCCCAAUUCCAACCCUUGAUGCUGAGUGCCAAGCAGGGAGGUAAUGAGUCCCAUUUUUAUAGUCUUUGGUAUGACUCGGCCGGGGUUUGAACUCACAACCUACCGAUCUCAGGGCGGACACUGUGCAGCUAGAAUAGGCUCCAGCCCCCCUGCGACAUCCACAGACCAGCAGUUGAAAAAAAUGGAUUGAUUGCAGAUGAAUUAAGUAGCUUUCUUGUUUAAUCUCAUUUCCCUCGGGGAUCUUUUUUUUUUGUGAUUUAAUGUCAGUGCCAUGACCAGCUGGCUCUGUGUUGCCUUGGAAACGCUGGAAACGCAGACUAUCUUACCUCCGCCAAAGAUGUUAUGUUUUGGCCUGGGCUUGUUUGUCUGUUUGUUAGCAACGUAAUUCAACCUGUUAUAGACCGCUUUUAAUGUCCAAAAAAACAUUCCUUUUAUCUACGACGAGUACGAGCACACUUAUAUGUAGUUUGUUUACAGACCUGGCCAACGCUAAAACACCAGAAGAAAACUACACUCACCAAGUUUUCAACUGAUACCGUCACACAUCACCCUAUUAUUGAGAAGACUUUGAAACCUUAAUACCGUGGUAUUUAUAAUACCGUUACAUCCCUACUUGUUAGCAUUCUGUCUUGUUUGCAAUGCGUGUUCUGCGUUGUCAUCCCACAGCAUCUUGAAUUAAGAGUUGAUGUCAACAGUUGUUGAUGGCUGAUGGUGACACUUUGACAAGACUGCUAAUGUGGAAAUGUCUUAUUGGUGAGACAUGCGUUAAAGAUGGAGUGCAUCAAAAAGUUGUUCUGCCAAAAGUUGGUCGAUUUGAGAUUAUUGCAGUAAAAAUAGCGCCAAGGUUAGCCACCCUUUGUUAACAUGGUUCACCUUUAACGCAGAAACAGAAGUCCAGCUUGGUGAAUAUCUAUAACGGUGGCCACAAUAUAAUACAUGAAAAUUAGACAAAUACAUAAAUAAAACAUAAUUUAACACUCCAAGGCUAAAAACAUGUAGAAAAUGCUUUGAAAGAAUUGCUUUUCUUAAAAAGUCAGCGAUUUAAUGAAGCUGCGAUAUUUAAAGUGCGAUGUUGCGAGGGCCGACUGUGUCUCCAGCCUGCAUACCGUCUCUGCGUCCUCCACACACUUCCUCAUUCUCUACCAAUCACACUCAUGCGAGGGCCAAGCAAAGCUAAAGCUAAGUUUGGAGCUCCAAACAUCAACACAAAUCUGGCGUUUUCAGGAAGGAAGUACAGUUACAAUACAAAUGAAGUGUACUUUGUGUGCAAGAGCAACAUGUUUGUCCGCAUACAACCUCAUUAAACACUUUGUUACUUCUAUUUAAUUACAUGUACACAGGCAUAAUUACUAAUUACUUUUUUGUUAUCGUAAAUGUGUAGUAAAAUAUAAUUGUUUUUCUUCAAGUAAAUUUCCCAACACUGCUAAUCUAACCUACACCUUAAAGCACAGGUAUCAAACUCAAGGCCCCGGGGGCCAUAUUUGGCCCGCCACAUCAUUUUAUGUGGCCCGCGAAAGCCUGGAAUUAAUAUGCGUAUUUUCUCACUAAACGUAUUCAACUUUCCAUUUUAACAGCAAACAUACAUGCACUGCAUGCAGUUUUUAUAUCUUUUAAACUGCAAACCUAAUAUUGCAACAAAUAUAUUAUCGUACAUUUUUUCUUUUAAAAUAAAAAUACUUUUAUAUUGGUUUCACUCAUAAUUUGAAAGCAAGUUAUACGUCAAAUUGUACACUUUAAAAAUUAUUUUACGGUAAAAAACUGGUUGUUUAGUUGCCAAAAUGUUACCGUAAAAAAAACAAAAAACACGGUGAUAUUGUUUUUUCAUUUUACAGCAAUUCACAGUAAAACAACUGUAUAUUUUACAGGAAAAACAGAGGUACUCUUUUUCCAUUUACAGCAUAUAUUUUAAAAACAUAAAUUUUACAGUAAAAUUUUGGCAACUGUCAGUUUUUUACUGUUUUUUUUUACAGUGUAUAUAAACAUAUAUACGAUAAUGAAUAAUUGUGUAAUGAGGCAAUUUGUAUUUAUAUAUUAUUCACCGUUACAAGUGGCCCUCUAAGGGCAGCCAUAACUGCAAUGUGGCCCUCAAUGAAAACGGGUUUGACACCCCUGCCUUAAAGGUGCUGUUUCCAACUUCCUCGCAGUAACAUUUUCUCAAAAACAAAAAAUAUAUCAAGAACACUUAUGUUACCAUUAGUGGUUUAACAGAACACAUUUGUUUGACAAUUGUCUAUAUUUUUCACAAUUACAAAGUUUAUGUAAUGAAACAUUUUACCGGCCCGUAGAAAAUGAUUGCUGUUUACGGCGGUCAAUCACCAGGGGCCGUACUUAUCAAGCUUCUUAGAGUGCCAUUUACACUUAAGUCCUGAGAAUUUGCGAAAUUUAGUCCUACUCUCAAACUUAAGAAUAAAAGCUUUUUAUCAACGUUCUUAAGUCUAAGAAUCACUCCUACUCUCCACGAUAUUUAAGAGACCUUCAGAGGUGUCUUAAGUGGUUAGGAGUUGCCAGCAGGGGAUGGCACUGAGGCGAGAGAGACGUGCGCGAACGUUCAGGGAACGGAACAAUGUUUUUUUUUUUUUUGAUGACGAGCAGCUGAUCAAACGGUAUCCUUUAGACAGAGCGGAUAUUAUUUUUGUCACAGAUUUAAUACUUUUCGAUUCCUUGUUGAUUUCUGCAUGUGUCUGCAGUGGGCUAGUAUAUAUAGAGCCACCCACACCAGUUUCAAAUUAGUUGCCUAAUUAAUGAAUUGGAAAGAAAAUGUUAUGACAGUAGCGUAUGUGUGUGGCCGUGAGGUGAGUGACGUCAGUGAGUGUGUGGGCGAUAGAAGAGAGGGAGCGGUAGCGUGAGUGCCGGCGGGGACUAGUUUGUUUUGUAUUAUUUUGUAGUUUAUUGUCAAAAUAUACACUCCCAUUGUCCACUUAAAUAUUUCCAAGCUAUUUCUUUAUUCUUAGACAACGGAUUCCCUUCCGUGAUUGGUCAUUUCUAUGGACACGGAAAUGACGUCACCUAAAAUUCCGUUUACGGCACAUAGUAAUGUCGUAAUUCAGCUCUUGAGUGUGACACUUAAGAUUCAGUCCUACACUUCGCUGAAAGUGUGAGUAAGACGCUUGAUAACUAACUUUUAAGUGCAGCUUUCAGCGAAUAAUUUAUUUACUCUUAAGUCAACUCUUAGCAGACUUCUUAGGAGUAAUUCUAAGAAGCUUGAUAAGUACGGCCCCAGGUCUCUUCAACACGUACGCACAGAGAGCGUGUGCACACAUACAAAAGCAGUCCAAGAGAAGCAACGAACAAGUCAUGUUAUUAUAACAGAAUACGCAUUCACUAUUUAAAUUGCUUUAUUAGCUAACAACCCCUAACGCUAAUGCACGUGCAUGGGUUACGUAGGAGAAGCCAUGAGAGGGCGAGAUGUACUGUGUUAUAUGUAUUGGCGAGUUGCUGCCCUCCAGGCAUCUGUGUAAAUGUUGCAAACAGCCCAUAUAAAGGUUUUACAUGUAGUAUCACUAGAGGGCAGUAAAGGACCGUAUAUUUACAUAAAGGCAACAUUUUAUUUGGAUUUGCACCAAAACGUUUUAGAUUCCUGCAGUUUGCAGUGGUGUACUUUAUCAUACUGAGAGGCGUUCCUCCUCAUUUGUUUACCUUGCUUAGCUGCAUUUAUGGGGAGGAACUACAGGAAACACUCAGUUACAGUUGAAUACAUGCUGUCCUUUUCACAAAUAAUGCCCACUGAAUAUACCAAAUGUGAUCCGUUUCAACGCACUGAAGAAAAUGUGAGGUGUUUUUCCCCACUACUUUAUAAUGUUUGAAAAUAUAUUCAAUGCUGCUCCACUUUUGCCGUACACUCCGCAAGCUCGCUGUUUGUGGCUUCAGAUGUCCUCGUUUUUAGGUUAAACUGUUGCUACACAGACAACCUUCUUCUUUUUUGUUUUUGUGAAUGACUGCUUUGUGAUAACCACUUCCUUGCCAGAAUAGUUUCUUUGUAUCCCUCAUUUAUUACUCUUUUCCCCUUACCAUGUGCCUCAUGUAUCCAUUCAGUGGCUCAAUUUUCAUAUUCUAUUUAAUAAAAGUUGAAAUAUUGCUCAUUAAAAGACCAAAUAUUUUCUAACAUCCCACUCUUAAAGAGCACACACUGUUAAAAGUACAACAAGGGUACAUUAGUCGAGUGCCAAGGUUUUAUUUUAUUAAAAAAAAUAAAAUACAAAUGACCCAAACAUUACACAGCAGACGUAUUAAACUCAAAAAGAGCAAUAUUAUCUAUCAGUCAGUGCUUUUUUCCCCACUUUAGUCAUUUAGGCGUACAUGAACUAAUUAGAAAAACAACACAAUCUUGGGUUAUUUGGAAACAUAAAAAAAUCCAACCCACUGUAUCUCCCCUCUGUAUGGACUACACGUUUUGAGACAAAAUGAUACAGUGACGGUUGUAUGAAAGGCAGCCAUUAAUAUUCAGUCUGUGAAAAUGUUGUACACAUAAAUGCAACCAAAAUGGAUGGAACUGUGAUAAACGCACAGAAGGAUGAAUCGAUCCAUGAGUAUAAUAUACUUAUUUCUUACUUCUUAAUAAAAUGUGUUAAGUGGUUGAAAAGGCAGACUAGAUGUUACUUGGGGGGUGAAGUGUAUAUAUAAACAAAAAUGGCUUUGUUUCAGCUUUGAGCCCCUCUGCAUACAUACAUUGUUGCUGAGCAUUACAUUUUUAUUAACAAACAGACCACACAGAGAUUACAGUACAGUACUGAGAG